CUCAGUUGAUACCACUUGCAUGUUCUGUAGUUACGUUUUCAAAGUACGUACAUAUUAAAUGACAGCCAACAGAGUUAGCUAAAUAUCUUAUGUACAAACUGGCAUAGAUUUCGUGGGUUGAUAUUCGUCUUUGAACUUCUGCUUUAGUCAUAGCUACAUGUGGACGUCCAUGUUAAAAUAUUUGCUGUUCGGUGUGAAAUAACGAAACAAUGUCUGAAGAUAACUCAAACAGUCAAUUCAAUUUUUCUAACCAGUCUUCUAAUAUUUCCGAAGAGGAAAGAUGGCAGUACUUGUAUUGGUUACAAGGGAAGAACGAUCUUAUAAACAUUCCGUCCUUCAUAUUUCUGGCUUUAUUGUUCGUGUGUGGACUGAUAGGGAAUUCGUUAAUUCUGAUUGUUUAUUCUCGAAAAAGCACAAAACACCGACUGUAAUCUUGAUACAGUUUAUAGCAGUCAUGGACACGAUUACAAACCUUUUAAUUGUUCCAGGUGCCAUUUACGCGAUAGCACGUUCCUGGACGUACACAAACGUUUCCUUAUGUAAAGCGCAUUAUUUCUUUAGCUGUUUCAUAUCCUGGACGUCUGCUAUUCUUUUGAUGGUGGUGGCAAUCAUUAGGUACAGGAAGAUCUGUAAACCAUUUGGAAGACAACUUAACAACACGGAAACAAAGAUAAUUUGUGUCUGUGUUGUCGGUCUAUCUCUCGUGUUCAGUCUCCCAUUUGCAAUCUUCUACGGUCAGAUAACGGUCGACACUGGACACAAGGGGAUUCUGGGCUAUGACUGUGGGGUGGCCGCCGAGUACCAUCAAUCCAUCUGGCCAACGGUUUGCCAUGGGCUGUACAUUGUGGGCUUCCUGUCCUGCUGUGCGACGCUGACGACGUUAUACACGUUGAUUGGCAUCGAGGCCAGAAAACACCGGGUGCCGCACACGACGGUACCCAGCACAGAGAAGCUGAAACUGAUUGAGAAAUCCACGGGAGAAACUAACACAUCUACAGACGAAUCCUCGUCACAAGACGGAUGAUUGUGUUGACUUGUCUGAUGUAGGGGACUCACGACAAGACCAACAUAACAGCUAUGUGGCGACAACUAUAGAUGUAGAUACACUGACCGCUACAGCUGUUCCUACACUGACC